CUCGCAAAUAUUGCAAUUUUUGCAACACGACUCGUCGAUCAGUUUUUCGUGAGAAAAAAAGUGAAAACUUUCCCGUUUUGCUUCUUCAAGUUUGUCGAGUUUGGAGCCCACGGGAAUGCCAAUAAAUUACAAUCGAAAUGCGGUUGAGUUAAAGUUAAGCUCCCAGCUUUUGCAAUGGCUGGAUCAACGAUUACCUCUGGGUGAUCCUAUGAGAAUUCCAUCUAUUGAUUCUUAUAAAUAUAUUCAAGAUUUAGGAAAAGGUAGAUUUGGAACGGUUUGCAAGUUUUCCAACGGCAACACAUUUGAGACAGUGAAAAAAGUUGAUUUAACAAUAUUCAAUCAUUGGACACAGAGUGAGACUAAAGUUUCGAACAGGCUGGACACAUUUUUAUACGAAUUUCGCCAUUUGCAUAAAGUGACAAAUGAUAAUAAUCGAAUCGUGAACUUUUUAGGAAUCUAUGCAGACUCCAAUCAAAUGUAUAUAAUGUCUGAAUAUUUACCACGUGGGUCUGUGAAGGAUCUGUUAGUGAAAGAAACGCUAGGAGAAGAUACUGCCAUUAAGUAUUUAAUGGAGACUGUCGAAGCCCUAGACUAUCUUCACAAUUUGAGUCCACCAGUCAUUCAUCGUGACAUCAAAGCAGCCAACUUACUGAUCACGUCGAACGAUAGCAUAAAAUUAGCAAACUUUGGGCUCGUACGUGAUCUAGCUGUUGACGGAUUCGGUAUAGCGAUUGCCUCUGAAAUCACUUUAGAUUUUCGAGCGACUCUUUUAUACGUGGCUCCUGAGGUUCUGAGCAGUGCGCUUGGUCCAGGAAACCGAAAUGCCUAUGAGCUACCGGCAGACAUUUGGGCUCUGGGAUGUACGUUCAUUGAAAUGUUAUUAAAACGUCCACCACACUUUGAGUAUUUCGGGCAUAUUGAUGAAAUUCCAAAAGUUCUACUUGGAUAUGCGAAGAGUGAAGAUGGGAAAGUACUGCCUUACACUUCCGAAGUCUUGGUUCCUUCUUCUUCAAACUGUGUUCAGAAAAUUGUUGAUCUGGUGUUUAUUAAAUCUCCGGAGCAUCGACCAAACACCCACAAGCUUCGAAUUCAAAUUAAAAAGAUACUCGAUGAUGACUCGGAAAGCGAAGAAGAAACAGAUAUCAGUCAUCCUAUUAGUAAUAGCAACACAGACAGUUCAACGGCAAUUUCACAUAAUCACUCAAAUGAUCGAAAAGUUGGACGAGCUGGAACUUGCCUACCCAUUGAAAGUAUGGAGUAUGCAGCUGUGAGGAAAGAGCUUAAAAAAAGAAGUAAACCGAAGAGCAAUAAUAUUAUGCAAAUUUUUGUGGCAAGCGGGUACUACCUCUCAAGGAUAUUAUACUUUUUGAACAUUCUCACACGAUCCAUAUGCUAUCUCCUGCUCUUUUUAUCAUUGGGCAUCACGGCACUUGGCUCUUUCUUGCUAAUUUCUUACUUUGUUGUCCGAUUUGUACGCUAUCUGAUUGCAAUCAACUGCAACUGUGAUCUUAUGCAGCCUCAGUAUUUGAUCAUUUCGGGGAUUUUGAUAGUGCUGAUGUUUGCGCUCUUGUUCAGUUGCUGUAUGGUUGCUCUUGGAGAAUACAAAUUUCGGAUGGCAAACCAAACUUUGGAUGGUUCUAAAUUCUACUUACCCCGCCCCCAAAAGUCAGCAGUCCUAUGCGGCAUAACUGUGAUAACUGGUAAAGAAGAUGCCAAAGACACUGCUCAGAACAUGGAGGAAGAAAUACAUCUAACACCCUCUGUCAGAAGGAACCAUGAUGAUUAUUACUACGACGAGUCGUCUGGACCAGCAAAUGAAGAAAACUAGGAAAAUAUUAAACUAAUUUAAUGAUGCAAAACAUUGCUAGAUCACGAUUCUACAUAAUUUCACUUCAGGAACUUCCAUGUUUUUCACAAAAAUCAUCAUUUUUUCCAUGUCACCUUAUUCCAAUAUAUUUAUGUAUCGAUAUGAAUUCACUCAAACUCUGAUUCUCGUUUUUUGUACAACAAGUUCUCAGAAAUGAAACUUCUUUAUUAC